UCACUUUCGUUCGGCGAAAUCAUAGAGUAUCUCGUUAUCUCGUUGCCGGUGAUUCGAUUCCCCAAGCUCUAUUAUCCAUGCAAACACCGGCAUAAGUGUUUCCGUGUAUUGACCUCAUGCAUUAAUGGAACAUCAGCUGAUGAUUUGGUAAAGAAGUGUUACAAUUGUUCUCCAUGUGCUGCUUCCGGAAUGAUUUGCAUUUAAUAAACUUCCCCUCAACCCCUCCUCUACUCGCCCGCUGAAAAGAGAACUGAUCCUCACCGCAAUUUGCAGAUUUCUAAUUUGGCGACUUCUAGCAAUUAUGAGAUCUACUGAAAAGACACUCACCAAGAUGCUGGAAAUUGUUUUCAUCUUUCCUGUUCUUGGGCUUUUCAUUCUUCCAACGAUACCUGUGCCAACAUCAGGCCUGCACAAUUUAAAAAAUAAGGAAACACUUGUCGAAUGUCGUUACCUGGAUGAUAUCAAGUUCACCAAAGCUUGUGAGCUCAAAAGUCUGAAAGUUAGCUCUGCAAGCGCGAAUUUAUCCUCUUCAAACUUUGGAAAUAACACAGCACUACAACGUCUAGAUCUCUCUCAUAGGAAGCUCCGUCGAAUUGAACCAGGAACAUUCUCAAAUAUGCGGAGUUUGCUGAGUCUGGAUCUCUCACAUAAUCGCUUAACUCAUCUAGGACAUGGAACAUUCGAAGGACCAAUGCACUUGCGUGUACUGAAUCUCCACGGUAACUCGCUUGUCAGGAUUCCAGAGGAUGCAAUCAGCCUGAAGAACUUGAAAUUUUUGGAUCUUUCGGGAAAUAACCUCACUUGUGAUUGUCAAACGCUCAAAACUCGAGAUGCAUUGAUUUUACAGGGUGUCAUGCUCUCCACCAAAGCAAUUUGUUCAUACCCCGCAAAUCUAAAGGGAGCUAUGCUAACUGAACCUGAUGCAGAGGUUAUAUGUAUAUUUGAAAAGCAGGAUCAAGAUCCAGAGAUGCAGAAUGAUCAGCCUGACAUUUCAACAGAAGGAUCCGGAGAUCGCGCUGCCGGUAACCUCUUUAACGAACUUGCAAAUGAGAAUAUUUCUGAGCAGACUGAUUAUCUUUCACAUUCUAGUUCUGAGGCACUCCCGAAACACAGCGAAAUCACUUCUUAUGGUGUCCCUCUAACAACACCUUUCAUAUCCUCUGAAAAAUAUGAUGAACUAUCCUCCACCAAGCAGCCCACCAUAUCUUCAACUUCUUUAUCUACAGAAUCAAUCAUUUCUGAAAAUAAUUCGGAACAGUCGAAAAGUCUCGAUGUUUUGACGGAAGGAUCAGGGCCAGAUCAGGAAGAUGACGGGUCUGGUCUGGGAUCCACUGGAUUAUUAAUUCCUCCGAUUACCUGGGAUAACGUCACACCUGAAAUUCCGGAAGAUGAAAUUUCUGACGUUGGAGAAACUGUAACUCCAAAUCCAACAUCGACAUCGACGGCUCCUGGUCUUCUAGAUGGUUUCUUCGGAUGGUUUUCUUGGAAAUCAUCAGAACCGACGACAUCCAUGCCAGUCACCACAAUAUCCUCAGAGGAGCUUACUCCUGAAGAUGAACAUUUUAUCGGACUUCCUAACUUCAACAAAUCGUCGCACAAGCAAUCCAGUCCUCUGGAUUCUUUGAAACCUAUAGAAGGGGAGAAGAAAUUCAAUGUAUCAAUCAAUGAUACCGUACUCUAUAACUCGAAACUUCAAGAAUCCCCCAGUAAACCGUCAGUAAUAUUCGAAGAAACUCAGGCGGCAGGAGCUUCUGCAACUCCAGAAACAAAGAAAGGAAUGGGCUCUUAUAUAGUUUUGGGAGUUCUUCUGGGAGUACUAGCAGCUUUGAUCGGUGUUGCAGCAUAUAAAGGUAACUUCUGUAGGGAAAGAAGGAAAAAUAAUUGCAGAAAUGGCAGAAGUGAUGUAGAAAAUGGAACUGAAUUGAAGGACCUUCGAAAGUCAUUACUAGAUGGAACCAACUUAAUGCAGUCAAAAAUAUCGUCGUAUGAAGGCAAACCUGAAGGAGUGCCUCUAGUCACAAUUGGCGAGGAAAUCGGCUCUGCUAAAAAUCCUACCACAUAUGUUGCAUCUGUUACUGAAUCCCCUUCAGAUCUGAAACCUCCAAGAAAAUCAUUUUCUACAACGGAACCACAAUUGAUAGAAACCAAAGAGAAAGUUGCGAGUACUUCAAAUCAUCAGAAUGACCAAUGCAUCGAUCUUAAUGAUCGUAUUAUCAAUGGCAAUAACGGGACCAAUUCGCUAGGUUGGAUCAGAGAAUACCCGUCCUUAGAAACUGUUUCUAAGCAACACCGUACUAAUCUUAUAUCUUCAAGUCCUCCGGCUCAGAGGGUCAAAAUCAUCAUGCAAGAUAAUCCCGCGAGUAUCCCUAAGACACCCUUACUCAUCACCAGAUCUGGUGAUAAUCUAAUAACAACACCCUGAACUCAUCCAGGACAGUUAUAAUUUUUCUUAUCAAUGGCGAUUCACGCUUCAACGAUUUCUUGAACAAGUUAAUAGAGUUAGAUGGAAGUUACUAAAAGAACGUAGUGAUAGCAGCUACAGUGAAAACUCGCCGAGCACCCGUCUAAAUGCACAACGUUUCACCGUGUGAUGAAAAACAUUCCGCCAUUCUAACAUUACCUCCCUUGAGCAUUCUCUGUCUAAUAGCUCCCGUUUUCUCCCUUAUGCGCGAGAAAUGAGCGUAGAAGCAUUUACCAGCUGACAGACCCCCGCUUGCCACCUACGUGCAUCUCUUCUGGUUCUCAGUGUUCUCCCCCUCUCAGAGUUGCAGAGAGUGCGCUCGUUAACUGACAUUGCAAAAAAUCAGACCACCAAACCUGAGCAAUUACCGAAUUUUCACUGCAUAUCUUCUCAAUCGGUUUCUGUGCAUAUCACGUGUUCUUGAAAUCCUAAAUAAAUUCUCAGGAAACUUGAUCUUUAGGGGAAUAAUGUCUAAAAUUUUAACAGUUGAUUACAUGAACAUGUUAUUUUUACGAGUAUGACAGUAAUAAUUUUGAAAAGGUAAUGGGGAAAUGAGUUGUAGACAAGAAUUCACAUUUAUAUUUAUAUUUAAAAUUAUCUUUCAUAUGAGAAGGUGACGACUAUUAAAUUUUUUUUUCGGUUGGAUCCACGGGAUAGAAAUUUAAAUGGCUUGGUAGCAUAUUUAAAAUCCUUCAUUAUGGAUGUAAGUUCCACGCUGAAAAAAUUUUCGGUAAUUAGUUGGUAGAUUUACACCAGCACACGAGCCCCAAUCCAGGUCUAAAUUUUCCACGAAUCUCACAGGAUCGUGUAUAUAAAUCCUUUAUAUAUCUCCGCGCACGUUCCCAAGUGUAGACAUUUAAGGGAAACAGUUGCAUACCCUAACUUUACUGCGCUUUAGAUCACCCAGUGCCAACAACUUGGAAUGAUUACACUGGUUGAUACACUUAGAGACAAUGGACAACACAAAGAUGAGUGAAUGUCCGUACGGGAAAAGCCUUGCGACUACCAGGGGCAGAUAGCCAGAAAAAACGGGUCCUAUUGUAUUGUACACGUAGUCGGCGUGGCGAGACCCAAUGCUCGUCUCAGAAAGAGGUAUCGUCAUGUCUGAACGCGGAAAAAUUUGAAUUUUUGAAAGAAAAACAUGAAUAUUUUUCUUGGUGUAUUUUGCAUUGUAAAACGAUAUCAGUUAUUCAUUCUUUUCUAUAUUAAGUCCAAAUGGAAUUUUUCGGUAGCAAAUGAAUCGAACAAUACUGGCGAAAAGAUUUUCUAAUUUGUGUUAAGAGUGUUUGGACAUCUCCUAAGGGAUAUUUGAACCAUUUAAUUGAGUUUUCCGAAUUUCAGGAAUUAAAUGUUCAGCAAGUGACAGUCUUACUUCAAUUGACAAGAUUUUCGACCUUGAAAAAGCACAGAAACCAGACAUUUUAAUUCCAUAAUUUCAUGGCUUGUCGACUUGUUUCAUUAUAUCGUUUCCACUGUGAAAUCUUUGAACAUCCACCCAUUUCCAGUUAACGACGGAAAUAAGUAAUAAGGGCAAAAAAUUCAAGAUAGUUAGCUGCGGAAAAUGACUGAGCAAAGAUAAUUGAAAAAUGAUCACAGAUGAAAAAAUCUCAUAAACAAUCCUAGUUUUUCACUUAAUGAAACCUUAUUGAAUGCCUAUGAAAAUUCCAUUAGUGUUUGGCUGACUGUUAUUUGGGAUUUGUUCCAUUAUGAACAUUGAAAGAAUAAAGAAACUCAUAGGAAAAAUUAAUUAAAAAGAAUUGAUUUAUACAUAUCAUUUGUGGGAAAUUUCCUUCAAGAAUUGCUAUUAAAAAAAACUUCUAAAGGAAUUUAAUCACAAACUUAUAUAAUUUUUAUAAAAAUCUUAUAGCAUUUCAACAAAAUUAUAUGGCGAGUCCGAUAAUAUUUUCAGUUGAGUUGGUUUUAUACGUGAUAUCGAAAAGACCCAGUGGCGGCGUCGAUUAAUUUUAAAUUUACCCUCAGGACGUAUGAUGGGUGAUGUUAUUAAGAGGGUAGUUAGCCUACAGGAAGAAUUUUUUAAGUUGAAUUGGGGAAAAUUGGUUUGAAUUUUUAGGUGGUAAGAUUUUGUAAAUCAAGCCCUACUUUAUAUAAUUAUAAUGUAAAAAAAUACUGAAGUUUCCUACCAUCACUAAUUUGCUGACAUUUUAUAGUUCACUGAACCCAAUUUGACGUAUCUUGGAACAACACCAGGUAUCGGGCUACCCAUUGAUGGUGUAUAAUUUGGCUAGUUACUAAUCGUAAACACGAGUCUCAUGCGCAAUUCAGCCUGGGUCCGAGGUGUAAUUUUUGGUGCAAAUCUACUAAGUAAUUAUCCAAUGGUUUUAAUGUAUGGGAUUUCCCAUGUGGAAUUCGGUAUUGCAAACUUUUCAAAUCCUAAUAUUGGAAAAUUACUAAGCAUAAAUUUGGUCUAGGCUGUUGUGAUCAAAUUAUUUCUUUGGCCCAGGCUCGUCUAGGCUGAUGUGAUGGAAUUUUUUUUUUUCGUCCACAUGGAAAACAUAUAUAUCCAGAAAUAUAGGCCAUUAAUAUCCGAAUAUAUGUCGCAUACAUUCCGGCAAAAGAUACAUUAUCUAUAUGCAUGUAGUUUAAAUAAAUCCGUGCCGAUAUAAUUUUUGUAAUAAUUUUUGGAUUAUAUGUUUCGUCAUGCGGGGGCUGAUAGGUUUCUCGCCGUCGGCUCAGGCAGGAUAUCGGUAUCGUUAGAAAGCACCGAGUAUACGACUUCCAUUACCGCUCAAUCUCGACAGGCAUGAUCUCAGAUUUGCAUUAUGUAGCGGGAAUUGAUAGUACCAUUUAGAAGGUGAUAUGCUGUGUAUAAAUUUGAAUAAAUAACUAAUCUGAGUCUUUA